AAACUAGUAUAAUCUUUUGGGCUCUGCAACAAUGGAGGUAAAAAGGAGAUAAACUAGAAACAGAAACAAAAAAAUAAUAAUCAAAAGACACAAAAAUAACACAAUGAAUUGCUUCAGUUGUAACAUCUUCACCAGUCCAUUCCCACCUUCCUCACCAAUACAAUUACACUUCCAAAAUCAAAAUCUUGCCCCAACAUUUUCUUCAAAUACCCCCAAUACUCCUCCCACGAGGUCACUGAAAAUUUGGGUAAGAAAAAGUAUCAUUCAAGGAGAAAAUGAAGAACCCAUUGGAGUAGAAGAAGUAACAGCAAAAGGAUCAGGAACAACAGCAAGAGGAAGAAGAUUACUGAAAGUAAGAGAAGAGAAAAGGAAAAGAGAAUAUGACAGAAUUCAUAAUUAUCCAAGUUGGGCAAAAGUACUUGAAGAUGCCUGUAAAGAUGAUACUGAACUUCGUGCUGUACUUGGUGAUAGUAUUGGUAACCCUGAAUUGAUGAGACAAAGGGUCGAACAAAGAGUUAGACAAAAAGGUCGUGAUUUUAAUAAAACUAAAACUGGGUCUGUUCUCGCUUUCAAAGUCAGCUUCAGAGACUUUAAUCCAAUUGAUUCUCACAUUUGGUUUGAGUUAUAUGGAGCUCCUUCAGAUAGAGAUGUUGAAUUGAUUGGUAGUGUUAUUCAGUCAUGGUAUGUGAUGGGACGCUUGGGAGCUUUUAACUCUUCUAAUCUUCAGUUGGCUAAUUCAUCCAUGGAGCAUGAUCCCACUUAUGACGCAGACAAAGGUUCUACCAUUAUGCCUUCAUCCUUCCAUGAUAUCGGUGAUGUCGAAUUCCAGGAUAACUGGGGACGCGUUUGGGUAGACCUUGGAACAUGUGAUUUCUUUGCCAUUGAUGUUCUACUCAACUGCUUAACUGUGUUGAGCUCAGAAUACUUGGGCAUUCAACAAGUGGUUUUUGGUGGUCGGCGAAUGGGCGACUGGGAAGAGGGAAUGACCAGUUCUGAAUAUGGAUACAAGAACUUCAAGAUAUGAACUGAAGUACGAGUGUCUUUUUCCGUUCAAACCCUAGAAGUAGUAGAGACUAACUACAUACAAGCUCAAAGGAAAUGUUCAUCUGCUUCAGAAUUUCCUAUACAUUAGUUUGCGAUCCUGUUAGAAAGGGUGCAUACAAUCUGAAACAAGUCAGGGCAGAAUAGUCUGUCAAACACAAUGAAGCAAGUUAGUUUCUGUUCUGUCCAUGCGCUUAUUUUGAUGCCAUGCUGUACCAUUUUGAAGAACUGUAUUUGUACACUGCUCUUGUAAGAAAUGGUUCAAUAAUGCAACAGUGAAGGAAAUUUUGAUAUUUCUCUUAUGAAUGUAAAAAGAAUUGUUGAUUGAAUCAUCAGUACAUGUUCUAAA